AUGUCUGUUCAAAAGAACUUCUAUUUUGUGAUAGUCGGUCACAGUGAUCAACCUCUAUUUGAAAUGGAUUUCCCGAUUGUCGAUAAGAAGUCACGCGAGUCAGAAAACAGGCAUUUGAACCAAUUCAUCGCUCAUGCUGCUCUUGACGUGGUUGAUGAACAAGCUCUUACCAGUAAUAAUAUGUACCUUAAGAUGGUUGACAAGUUCAACGAAUGGUUUGUAUCAGCUUUCGUUUCUGCUGGUCGUAUCCGAUUCCUAAUGCUUCACACUCAACGGUGUGAUGAAGGGAUCAAGCAGUUUUUCCAGGAGAUGUACGAAACUUACAUCAAAUAUUCAAUGAAUCCUUUUUACACGAUCAAUUCUCCCAUAAGAUCGCCCGCGUUCGAUCAGAAGGCUGCUCUAUACGGAAGAAAAUAUCUUGUUUAG